AUGGUCGCGGCGCAGGACUUGCCGCUCGCGCUGAGCAUCAGCUUCGCGCCCGAGUCGUCGACCAUCUCGAUGACGCUGUUCAACCAGCCCGAGGCGUCGAAACCCGCCCUCCCCCUCGAGCUCAAGUACAAGUACGACCCCUCGACGCCGUACGCCCCGAUCCACGAGAUCACCGAGGACCGUAAUCAGAGGAUCAAGCAGCACUACUGGGACCUCUGGGGCCUCGGCAACAAGGCAGACCAGGGCAUCUCGCAGCUCAAGAUCACCGACGAGUUCCAGGGCGACCUCGUCACCAUCUCGGCCGACGAGAUCGAGGCGUUCUGCCGUGUUGUCGGCAUCGAGGGCGAGGCGUACAAGCGCAACCACAAGGCCGGCAUGCAGGUCCCGCUCGACUUCGCCAUCAAGCUCGGCUGGAAGGCCAUCAUGAAGCCGAUCUUCCCCUCGACGAUUGACGGCGACCUGCUCAAGCUCGUCCACCUCUCGAACGGCUUCCGCGUCCUCCCCGACACGCCCACACUCCAGGUUGGCGACGUCGUGACGACCACGUCGCGCAUCGAAUCAAUCACGAACUCGGACACGGGCAAAACCGUCUCGGUUCGCGGCGUCAUCUCGCUCGUCUCGUCCGCCGACUCGAAGGGCAAGGACGCCUCGACCGAGGACCGCAUCCCGCUCAUCGAGGUCACCUCGUCCUUCUUCUACCGCGGCAAGUUCAGCGACUACGCCCAGACAUUCUCCCGCGUCGCCCACCCGACCUACUCUGUCCCGAUCACCACGCCCGAGGCCGUCGCCGUCCUCCAGUCCAAGGAGUGGUUCCAGUGGGACGACGACUCGAAGCCCCUCGAGGUCGGCACCAAGCUCCAGUUCAAGGUCGAGUCGAACUAUGUCUACGCCGACAAGUCGUCCUACGCGAUGGCUACCGUCACCGGCGGCGCGUACGUCAUCACCCCCGAGCUCAAGCUCGCUGUCAAGGUUGCCACGGUCGACUACACGUCCGAGGGCGAGGGCGUCAUCCAGGGCGACCCGGUCAUCGAGUACCUCAAGCGCCACGGCUCGGCCCUCGACCAGCCCAUCAUGCUCGAGAACGGCGGCUAUUCGCUCACCAAGGCCGGCCAGUGCACCUUCACGACGCCCGCGUCCAACCUCGACUACUCGCUCACCUCGGGCGACACGAACCCGAUUCACACGAACCCGUACUUUGCCUCGCUCGCCUACCUCCCCGGCACCAUCACGCACGGCAUGCACUCGUCGGCCCGCACGCGCAAGUUUGUCGAGCAGGUCGCCGCAGACAACGUCGGCGCGCGCGUCCGCAAGUACGAGGUCGGCUUCACGGCCAUGUGCCUCCCCUCGCGCAAGAUGGAGGUCCGCCUUAAGCACGUCGGCAUGACCGCGGACGGAAACCGCCUCAUCAAGGUCGAGACCGUCGACGUCGAGGGCGGCAACGUCGUUCUCAGCGGAACCGCCGAGGUCGCCCAGGCUCCCACCGCGUACGUCUUCACCGGUCAAGGUUCGCAAGAGCCCGGCAUGGGCAUGGAGCUCUACGCCAACUCGCCCGUCGCCCGCGCCGUCUGGGACGAGGCUGACCGCCACCUCGGCGAGGUCUACGGCUUCUCCAUCCUCGAGAUUGUCCGUACGAACCCCAAGGAAAAGACUGUGCACUUCGGCGGGUUGAAAGGCCAAGCAACCCGUCAGAAGUACAUGGACAUGUCGUACACAACGACUGACCAUGAGGGCAACGUUAAGACUCUCCCGCUCUUCGGCGACAUCGACCUCCGUACCUCACGCUACACGUUCUCGUCGCCGACCGGUCUCCUCUACGCCACCCAGUUCGCCCAGAUCGCCCUCGUCGUAACGGAGAAGGCCGCCUUCGAGGACAUGCGCGCCAAGGGUCUCGUUCAGAAGGACUGCGUCUUUGCCGGUCACUCGCUCGGAGAGUACUCGGCUCUCGCCUCGAUCGCCGACAUCCUCCCCAUCUCGGCCCUCGUCGACGUCGUCUUCUACCGCGGUAUCACCAUGCAGCGCGCCGUCGAACGCGACCACCUCAACCGCUCGUCGUACGGAAUGGUCGCCGUCAACCCGAGCCGCAUCGGCAAGAGCUUUGGCGACGCCGCCCUCCGCGAGGUCGUCGACACCAUCGCCCGCCGCGGAAACAUCCUCAUCGAGGUCGUCAACUACAACGUCGAGGGACAGCAAUACGUCGUCGCCGGUCACCUCGUCGCCCUCCAAUCCCUCACAAACGUCCUCAACUUCCUCAAGAUCCAGAAGAUCGACCUCGCCAAGCUCACCGAGACGAUGUCGAUCGAGCAGGUCAAGGAGCACCUGUGCGAGAUCGUCGACGAGUGCGUCCAGAAGGCGCGCGACCUCCAGGCCAAGACGGGCUUCAUCACCCUCGAGCGCGGCUUUGCGACGAUCCCGCUCCCCGGUAUCGACGUGCCGUUCCACUCGCGCUACCUCUGGGCGGGAGUCAUGCCGUUCCGCACUUACCUCUCGAAGAAGGUCAACCCGGCGCACUUCAACGCCGACCUCCUCGUCGGCCGCUACAUCCCCAACUUGACCGCCGUCCACUACGAGGUCUCGAAGGAGUACGCCGAACGCAUCCACACCCAGACGUCGUCGCCGCGCCUCAACAAGAUUCUCAAGGCCUGGGACGAGGAGCGCUGGGGCGCACCCGAGAACCGCAACAAGCUCGGCUACGCCAUCCUCAUCGAGCUCCUCGCGUACCAGUUCGCCUCGCCCGUCCGCUGGAUCGAGACGCAGGACAUCCUCUUCCGCGACUUCAAGUUUGAGCGCCUCGUCGAGCUUGGCCCGUCGCCCACUCUCACCGGCAUGGCUACGCGCACGCAGAAGCUCAAGUACGACGCGCACGACUCGUCGGUCGGCAUCAAGCGCUCGAUCUACUGCAUCGCCAAGCACCAGAAGGAGAUCUACUACCAGUUCGAUGACGUUGCCGGCGAAGAGGCGCCCGCUCCUGCCGCAGUUGCGCCUUCCGCUCCCGCUCCCAAGGCCGCCCCAGUCGCCGCCGCCCCUCCCCCUCCCGCUCCUGUCGCUGCCGCGCCUGCCGCCGCCGUCGCCGACGAGCCGCUCAAGGCUGUCGACACGCUCCGCAUCAUCAUCGCGCAGAAGCUCAAGAAGCCCGUUGGCGAAGUCCCCCUCACCAAGUCGAUCAAGGAGCUCGUCGGCGGCAAGUCGACCCUCCAGAACGAGAUUCUCGGCGACCUUCAAGGCGAGUUCAGCAGCGCGCCUGAAAAGGGCGAGGAGAUGCCUCUCCAGGAGCUCGGCGCGGCCCUCCAGCAGGGCUACUCUGGCAAGCUCGGCAAGUACACCACCGGCGUCAUCUCGCGCAUGAUUGGCGCCAAGAUGCCCGGCGGUUUUGGUCUCUCCGCCGUCCAGGGUCACCUCGGCAAGACCUACGGCCUCGGCGCCGGUCGCAUCGAUGGCGUCCUCCUCUUCGCCGUCACGCAGGAGCCGGCUAAGCGUCUCGCCAACGAGGGUGAGGCGAAGGCUUGGGUCGACUCGGUCGCGCAAGGCUACGCCUCGAUGGCUGGCAUCUCGCUCGCCGCCGGCGGUGGAGCUGCUGCUGCUGCCCCCGCGAUGGCGUUCGCCGCUCCGGCCGCAGCUGGCGGUGGAGCGCCCGCUGCCGUCCCCGACGAGCCGCUCAAGGCGACCGACACGCUUCGCGCCAUCAUCGCUCAGAAGCUCAAGAAGCAGAUCCCCGACGUCCCCCUCACCAAGUCCAUCAAGGACCUUGUCGGCGGCAAGUCGACCCUGCAGAACGAGAUCCUCGGCGACCUCCAGGGCGAGUUCAGCAGUGCGCCCGAGAAGGGCGAGGAGAUGCCGCUCCAGGAGCUUGGCGCCGCACUCAACCAAGGCUACUCGGGCACGCUCGGCAAGCACACGAGCGGUCUCGUCGCCCGCAUGAUGGGCGCCAAGAUGCCCGGUGGCUUCGGUCUCUCGGCGGCGAAGGCGCACCUCUCGAAGGCUCACGGUCUCGGGCCCGGCCGCACCGACGGCGCUCUCCUCGUCGCGCUCACCAAGGAGCCCGAGAAACGUCUCGGUAGCGAGGCCGACGCCAAGGCCUGGCUCGACGGCGUCGCUCAGGCGUACGCCUCGCAGGCUGGCAUCACCCUCGGCGCUGGUGGAGGCGGAGGCGGCGCGGCUGUCGGCGGCGCCGGCUUUAUGAUCAACACCGAGCAGCUCGACAAGAUGCAGGAGAAGCAGGACAACUUCGUCUCGCAGCAGGUCGAGCUCUUCCUCCGCUACCUCGGCAAGGACUCGCGCGAGGGCCACCGCCUCGCCGACAUGCAGAAGGCAGAGGUCGCCAACCUCCAGGAGAAGCUCGACUCGAUCGCUCGCGAGCACGGCGACGCCUAUGUCCAGGGCAUCCAGCCCGUCUUCGACCCGCUCAAGGCCCGCCACUUCAACUCGUCGUGGAACUGGGUCCGUCAGGACGCGCUCAUGAUGUGGAUGGACAUCCUCUUCGGCCGCCUCACCACCGUCGACCGCGACAUCACCGCUCGCUGCCUUGUCAUCAUGAACCGCGCCGACCCUUCUCUCAUCGACUACAUGCAGUACACCAUCGACAACACCCCCGUCGAGCGCGGCGAGCAUUACGUCCUCGCCAAGCAAUUCGGCCAGCAGCUCCUCGACAACUGCCGCGAGAUGAUCGGCCAGGCUCCGCUCUACAAGGACGUCACCUUCCCGACCGCGCCCAAGACGACCGUCAACGCCAAGGGCGACAUCAUCACCGAGGAGGUCAACCGCCCCGGCGUCUCUCGCCUCGAGAAGUAUGUCGCCGAGAUGGCUGCCGGCUCAAAGGUCACCGUCGCCAGCGUCAACCUCGACAAGGUCCAGGAGCAGGUCGAGAAGCUGUACAAGCUCGUCAAGUCGCAGCCGCAGAUUUCGAAGCAGCACAUGACGUCGAUCAAGUCGCUGUACGCUGAGGUCGUUCGCGGUCUCGGCAAGGACGCCGGCCCUCCUCCGGUCCACAAGGCCGGCACUCGCGCCCGCCGCCCCUCGAGCCAGUUCCUCCGUCCCGCAGCCGUCUCCGAGGCGACUUUCCUCCCCGAGGACAAGGUGCCUCUCCUGCACCUCAAGCGCAAGAUCGGCAACGACUGGCAAUACUCGAGCAAGCUCACGUCGCUCUACCUCGACAUCCUCAAGGAGAUUGCCACGUCGGGUGUCACCUUCGAGCACAAGAACGCGCUCAUGACCGGUGUCGGCAAGGGCUCCAUCGGUAUCGAGAUCGUCAAGGGUCUCCUCGCUGGUGGCGCUCGCGUCGUCAUCACGACCUCGCGCUACUCGCGCUCGACUGUCGAGUACUACCAGGCGAUCUACCAGGAGGUCGGCUCGAAGGGCUCGUCGCUCACCGUCGUCCCCUUCAACCAGGGCUCGAAGCAGGAUGUCGAGGCGCUCGUCGACUUCAUUUAUUCGAAGGAUAAGGGUCUCGGCAUGGACCUCGACUACAUCCUCCCCUUCGCCGCCCUUCCCGAGAACGGCCGCGAGAUCGACGGCAUCGACGACCGCUCCGAGCUCGCCCACCGCAUCAUGCUCACCAACCUCCUCCGCCUCCUCGGUGCCGUCAAGUCGAAGAAGGCCGCCCUCAAGCUCACGACCCGCCCAACCGAGGUCGUCCUCCCGCUUUCGCCGAACCACGGCCUCUUCGGCAACGACGGUCUCUACUCGGAGUCGAAGAUCUCGCUCGAGACGCUCUUCAACCGCUGGAGCUCGGAGAGCUGGGGCGAGUACCUCUGCCUCGCUGGCGCUGUCAUCGGAUGGACGCGCGGUACCGGUCUCAUGUCGGCGACGAACUCGGUCGCCGAAGGUAUCGAGGCGCAGGGUUGCAGGACGUUCUCCGCCAAGGAGAUGGCCUUCAACAUUCUCGGCCUCAUGCACCCGCUCGUCUUCGACGUCGCGCAGAUCGAGCCUGUCUGGGCCGACCUCAACGGUGGCAUGGACAAGCUCCCCGACCUUGCCAACCUCACGACCGAGAUCCGCAAGAAGCUCAACCUCACCGCGUCGACCCGCCGCGCCAUCGCCAAGGACAACUCGUUCGACUACAAGGUCGCGCACGGCCCGGCGAUGGAGCAGAUACACCAGCGGAUCAACGUCGCCCCGCGCGCCAACUUCUCCCUUCCCUUCCCCGAGCUCAAGCCGAUCGAUGCCAAGUCGGAGCUCGCGAAGCUCCGUGGCCUCAUCGACCUCGAGAAGGUCGUAGUCAUGACCGGUUACGCCGAGGUCGGACCGUUCGGCUCGUCGCGCACGCGCUGGGAGAUGGAGGCGAACGGCACCUUCUCCAUCCAGGGCACACUCGAGCUUGCGUACGUCAUGGGCCUCAUCAAGCACUUUGAGGGUCGCCUCAAGGACGGCACGCUCUACGUCGGAUGGGUCGACGCCAAGACGAACGAACCGCUGGACGACAAGGACGUCAAGGCUGCGUACGAGAAGCACAUUCUCGCGCACACCGGCAUCCGCCUCAUCGAGCCGGAGAUCUUCAACGGCUACGACCCGAAGCGCAAGGGCUUCACGCAGGAGAUCGAGAUCCAGCACGACCUCGAGCCCAUCGAGGCGUCCGAGGAGGACGCGGCUCGCUUCAAGCGCGAGCACGGCGCGCUCGUCGACGUCUACACCGAGGACGGCAGCAAGUUCUUCGUCAAGUUCAAGAAGGGCGCCAAGCUGCACAUUCCCAAGGCUGUUGCCUUCGACCGCCUUGUCGCCGGACAGAUCCCGACUGGCUGGUCGCACAAGGCCUUCGGUAUCCCCGACGACAUUGCCUCGCAGGUUGACCGCACCUCGCUGUGGGCGCUCGUCUCGGUCGCCGAGGCGCUCAUGAUGGCCGGCAUCACCGACCCGUAUGAGCUCUACAAGUGGAUUCACCCGAGCGAGGUCGGUUCGUCGCUCGGAUCCGGCAUGGGAGGCAUCACGAGUAUCUCGAAGAUGUUCCGCGACCGCCGCGAGGAGAAGGACGUCCAGAAGGACAUCCUCCAGGAGACCUUCAUCAAUACGGUCGCCGGAUGGGUCAACCUCCUCCUUCUCUCGUCAUCCGGACCGAUCAAGAUCCCCGUCGGCGCCUGCGCGACUGCCCUCCAGUCGGUCGAGAUCGCCUGCGACACCAUCCUCAGCGGCAAGGCCAAGAUCAUGGUCUCGGGAGGCUACGACGACUUCUCCGAGGAGGGCUCGUACGAGUUCGCAAACAUGAAGGCGACCUCGAACAGCGAGACCGAGUUCGCUGCCGGCCGCGAGCCGAACGAGAUGUCGCGUCCGACGACCAGCACCCGUGCCGGCUUCAUGGAGUCGAUGGGUUGCGGUGCUCAGGUCCUGAUGUCGGCGAAGACGGCCAUCGAGAUGGGCGCCACCAUCUACGGCAUCGUCGCCUACACCGCGACCGCCACCGACAAGGCUGGUCGCUCGAUUCCCGCCCCCGGACGCGGUGUCAUGGGUACCGCGCGCGAGAUCACCUCCAAGUACCCCUCGCCCAUCCUCGAUGUCACCUACCGCCGCCGCCAGCUCGAGUUCCGUCGCAAGCAGAUCUCGCAGUGGCUCGAGAACGAGACCGAGCUCCUCAAGUUCGAGGUCUCCUCGCACGGACAGGCCACAAAGCUCCCCGACGACUACGUCUCCGAGCGCCUCGCAUCCAUCGAACGCGAAGCCAAGCGCCAGGAGGCCGAGGCUCUCGCGACGUACGGCAUGCUCGCCGGCCAGGACCCGACCAUCGCCCCGCUCCGUCGCGCUCUCGCCGUUUGGGGUCUCACCAUCGACGACGUUGGAGUCGCCUCGUUCCACGGCACCUCGACCGUUGCCAACGACAAGAACGAGUCGAACGCGUACAACGAGCAGUUCCGUCACCUUGGCCGCGCCAAGGGUAACGCCUGCCCCGUCAUCGCUCAGAAGUGGCUCACCGGACACCCGAAGGGAGGUGCCGCCGCCUGGAUGCUCAACGGCUUGGCCCAGGUCAUUCAGAGCGGUCUCGUUCCCGGCAACCGCAACGCCGACAACAUCGGCGAAGAGCUUCGCGCGUUCGAGUACCUGCUCUACCCGUCCAAGUCGAUCCAGACCGACGGCAUCAAGGCUGGUCUCCUCACCUCGUUCGGCUUCGGUCAAGUCGGUGGCCAGGCUCUCAUCGUUCACCCGAGUCUGCUCAUCGGCGCGCUCGAGCCCGCCCAGUUCGAGGCGUACAAGAAGCUCAACGACCAGCGCAAGAAGUGGUCAUACCGUCGCUUCAACGAUUUCUUCACGAACGGCAAGCUCGUCAUUAUCAAGGACGGCACGCCCUUCACGCCCGAGCAGGAGAACACGACCCUCCUCAACCCGCUCGUCCGCGCCGUGCCCGACAAGACUGGCUCGUACUCGAUGCCGAAGGAGUUCCCUGCCACCGUCCCUCGCAGCAACAACGCCGAAGUCGCCAACAAGCUCGUCAGCGCGGCUGUCGGCGGUGCUUUCGGCGUCGGCACGGACGUCGAGCUGAUCAGCGCCGUCCCGACCUCGGAGUCGUUCCUCGAGAGGAACUUCACCCAGGACGAGAUCGCCUACUGCAAGGCCGCACCCGACUUCCGCGCUAGCCUCGCCGCGCGCUGGUCCGCCAAGGAGGCCACUUUCAAGGCUCUCAAGACCGAGUCGAAGGGCGCCGCCGCCAGCAUGCAGGACAUCGAGGUCGUCUCCACGUCGCAGGGCCCGACUAUCAAGCUCCACGGCGAGGUCGAGAAGAUCGCCCAGGCCGCCGGCAUCACGGCCUUCGAGGUCUCGCUCUCGCACUCGGAGGACGUCGCUUGCGCCGUCGUCAUCGCCCAGAAGUAG